AUGGCGAACAACAGCCUCCGAGCGUUCCUGGUUCUCCUCGUCGCGAAGGUCUGCCUCCUCGUGGCGAUGGCGGCGUCGGCGGUGAAGGGCAGGCCUGGGCCCACGGCCUGGGAUACGAUUGCCGCGUGCUGCUUCUACCGCCUCGAGUGCUGCCCGGCUCCGUCUCCGGGUGAUCCGGCGUGA